ACCUUCCCUCUUUAAUCUUUUAUGACCUUUCGUACAUUUGUAUUUCUUCCUUCAUGUCUUCUUCUCUUAGAAUUGGUGCCCUAGAAAUCUUCUUGCCUUCGCUAGUGUGUCUUUCUCCUUCCGGUGUGCCGUGCGUCUUCCAGGACUACGGUUGCCUUUUCGUUCCACCGAUUCGGUAUCCGUAGUCUUUGCUCAAGGAUCCAACACCAGAGGUUUGGUGUCUCUUCGACACUACGAUCUCAUGGUGGAAUUAUGGGGUCGAGCAACAGGUGGUAGUGUGUGCGCAACACAUCAAGAACAACGUCAAAACCAGCAACAAAAGUUAGAGGUUGAUCUUAAUUAUCAAAUGGAGUACAUACCAGAGUCACCUUUGUAUGAAAGAGGUACUUAUUCGACUUCACCAUCACCAUCAGGUAUGGAUGAGCAUAGUCCUGGGCCUACUCAACCUGUGACAUCUAUUCCAUCGUGUGAGACUUCGACAUCACGAGGCUCAAAACGAAAAGCACCAAUGGUUGAUUUGAUGGACUCCCAAUUCGAGAAGCUCAUUACAAAACUAGACGAGUUAAUGAAUGUUCUGAGAUCGAGUAACUCUCAUUUUGAAAAAAUAUUAUCCAUAAUGGAACGACAGGUAAGUGCCAUUGAGGAGCAAAAUUAUAUUAUGCGUCGCAGGUCAACUUUCCAAUACUCAGAAAGUGACGUAUGGGAGAUGCUAGCUGGCAUGAACAUACAAGAAGAAUCUAUUAUGGAACAUUAUUAUGAUUUUCUCUGUACAAAUCCUGUCUAUACCAAACGGCUGAUGGGUUUGCCUCCAAAUCUUCGUUGGAAUAAGCUAAUUAAGAUGAUGACGGGGAGUGUUUGACCCUUUUGUUUAUAAUUCAUUACUAUGUUUGUUUUAUUCAUGUAUGAAACACUUUUAUCGCUUACUAUGUUAAUGACUUUAAUUA